AUGGCAGAAAGACACACUGGCUUCAGCCCUUCCUUGGUACGACCGAUGCAAUUUCGUAACCCGGCAGGCGGCUUUCUACUUUAUCGUCGUACUCGUUCAGAUGAAGUAUCAGCUUUUGCGGAGAGGCCAACAUCUGCUGCUGAAAUUUCAAGGAUACUUGCAAAACUUUGGAGAAACGAAUCAUCCGAGACCAAGGCCCGGUAUCGAGCUUUGUCAGAGAGACUGCCAUCAGAAGCGGCGCAUGCCUACCCUAUUUACCAUAUCCCUCUGCGAAGACAGAUCAUGGGAAGAGAAGGGGAAAAAAAGGCAGUCGGCAUCUUUGCUCGCUUAUAA